AACAUUAAUUAACAGGCCAUCUCAUUUCUCUCUCCUUUUGUCUCUCUCUCUCUCUCUCUCUUUCAAAGACUUUUUAGUUUUUGCAGUUAAAUUUAAAGGCGCGUUGUGUAGUAGUAGAAAUUUCAGAACUCAAUUUCUUCGUUAUCUUCUUUCAGAUCUGAGAGACCGAUCUCUAGGGUUUCGAUUCGCUUCGAUUCGGAGCUCCAAAAGCUUAAACCAAAAAAUGGCGAAGCCGAGGUACUCGCGGCUACCAGGUCGGAAACCGCCGUCGCCGUCGUCGUCGUCGACAAUGAUGUUGACCAUGCUCAUCAUGUGCACCUUCGUCAUUCUCAUUCUCCUUGCCCUAGGGAUCCUCUCGAUUCCAAGCGCUUCCGAUUCGCCUAAGGCCAACGAUCUCAGCUCCAUUGUACACAACACCGUCCACGAUGUUGUAGAGGAAGGGAGACCAGAGCAAUGGGUUGAAGUGAUCUCUUGGGAGCCUAGAGCUUUUGUUUACCACAAUUUCUUGACCCAGGAGGAAUGUGAAUAUCUAAUCAGUCUUGCGAAGCCUAGCAUGCAAAAGUCAACAGUUGUGGAUAGUGCAACUGGAAAGAGUAAAGAUAGCAGGGUUCGUACAAGCUCUGGAACAUUUCUGGCAAGAGGACGUGAUAAGAUUAUUAGGAACAUUGAGAAAAAGAUUGCUGAUUUCACCUUUUUACCUAUGGAUCACGGGGAAGGAGUUCAAGUGCUCCACUAUGAAGUUGGACAGAAAUAUGAGCCUCACUAUGACUACUUCCUUGAUGAGUUCAACACUAAAAAUGGGGGUCAGCGUAUGGCUACAGUUCUUAUGUAUCUCUCAGACGUUGAAGAAGGGGGUGAGACAGUGUUUCCUUCGGCCAAGGGGAAUAUUAGCGCGGUGCCUUGGUGGAAUGAGCUAUCUGAUUGCGGAAAAGAAGGACUUUCUGUUAAACCAAAGAUGGGUGAUGCUUUGCUUUUCUGGAGCAUGAAGCCUGAUGCUAGUCUAGAUCCAUCAAGUUUGCACGGUGGUUGCCCUGUGAUCAAGGGGAACAAGUGGUCAGCUACAAAAUGGGUGCGUGUAAAUGAGUACAAGAUUUGAGCUACUGUGUUAAAGUUUUAGUUCCUCUACAAGCCCACUGGUCAUACACUGAAGGGCCUGAUCAGCAGUUUAUCUUCGGCCUUUUUUGAAGCAAAUGAAAGGAUUUUUAAUGUGGGGCACUGGAAAAUAUUUUGAGCCUUGCAUUGCAUCUGAUAUGAUUUUAAAAAAUUUGUUGUAAUUUUGAUGCUGGAGACUAUUGGAUUGAUGUCUUGUUUAAAUAAAAACAAAUAAAUAAAGGAAGAAAAACUAAAAAACCUGGUCAAUGUAGGUAAGGUCUGGCUGCUUAAUGUGAGAAGCUGCAAUCUUGAUAAAUGAAUCUAUUAGUUGAAAAAACGAAUCCCUCUUUUAAUUGAUUUCUUAUCUUUUACAUUUUUUUUUGUGAUAUGUUCUUGAAUUAGAAAUUGCUUGGUUGGUUUAGAUUAUAAUAAUAUUUAUCCUCAAUUGAAAACCUGUCAGGUGUCCUUAAUGCUUGUUUCUUGGGCAGGUUUAAAUGAGUUCUCAUCUCAUUGUUGUACUUUUAUCUCUCAGUCAGAGCUC